UUUUAAGUAUUCCCAAGAACAAGGGAGGCUACUGUGAGAGCAUUGGAAACGGGUUGCGAAUAGUUGCGAUAAAUUGUGAUUUCUCAUUGGAAUUCACGCUGACAAGUAGGCUCGAUUCUUUUCAGAAUUUGUCUGUUGAAUCAAGUGAUAAAGCAAUAUAACUAGAAUGGCUGAUGAUGAGCUGGAGGCUAUUCGAGCUCGCAGGAUGGCUGAAUUGCAGCAGCAGCAACAGGGAGGUGAUGGCGGAGCCCAAGCCCAGGCUGAGCAAAGGGCCAAACAGGAAGAAAUGAAGAAUGUUAUUCUGGGCCAAGUAUUGGAACAGGCUGCUAGAACUCGCUUGAAUACAAUUGCUGUGGCCAAGCCUGAGAAAGCAAAGAUGGUCGAAAGUCUCAUCAUCCAGAUGGCGAGGUCUGGUCAACUGCAGGGUCAGAAGUUGUCAGAGCAAGCACUUAUUGGACUCUUGGAGCAAGUCAGUAGCUCUACUCAAAAGAAAACUACAGUCAAGUUUGACAGGCGAAGGAUAAAUCUUGACGAUGAGGAUGAUGACUUUUAGUGUGUUCCCAGUGACCGCUCCCAGUGAUCUGCAAGAGUGUCUGGUCAUAUUGACUGGAGUCUCCUUUUGCCUUUGCCAAUUAUUCAAGGCUUUUUGGUGUGCCCUGAGCUUGAUGGGGGCAGUAACUGAAUGCAUGGCUUAACAUGUAUGAAUGGAUGAAUGGUGUUCUUAUUGUUGACGGCAGAAGUAAAAUCUUGCAGUUUUUUGGGGGUUCGAAGAAUACUUUAUUGUUUUUUGCUUUUUUCCUUACCUUGUUAUUCGUUGAUUGAUGAUUGGUUAAUUAGUGCAAUUAGACAUCUUUGUGUGAUGCUUACCUUUUUCUGUGGGGAAUUUUCCCAAAUGUGUCCCAGAGGUGUGGAAAGAUGAUAUAUGAUUUUAUAAAAAUAUGUUAAGACUUAGCUUCCUAUCAGUGACUAUUGUUGCUGCUGUAAACAUCUCUAGGUUAUAAACUUAGGAAGCAAUGUGUUCAUAUUUUUAUAUGAAAUGCAACUUGAAUUGUGAGCAAGUCUGUUAGCGGUCUGUGUAGAGGGAAUGAAGAGGACAUUUUAGGGGGGAGGAGGUGUUGUGAUACAACUAUUUUAGCCAUAUUUUCUUUCAUUUUUGGGAAUUUUUUUCUGAAGGGGUUGCUGAUCUAAGUGUAACCGUGAAGUUUUAAGAGACAAACAAAAGUAUCUUUACCUACUUCAUGACUUUGAGACAAUGACUCUUGACUUUGUUCUUUUUUGAGCAAACCUUUGAAUCUUAACUGUCGAGUUUGUCCUUAAUCAUCAUAGGCUUGUCUAAGAAAAGUACAGAAUGGCAACGUCUUGUGCUCUUAGAUAUUUGAAGAUGUGCUUAGUAAUGAAAAAAGAUAAGCUCCGUUUCUUGUAGCACUGAGUGAGGGGCUCGGAGCAAGUAUUUAUUUGCAUUGGAGUUUUAGUCCUUUGCAGUAGUGCCUUGUUUGAGUGUGGUGCAGAUCAUGUAAGUGUGCUUUAAUAAUGCUGGUCUAUCAAAAACGUGGUGCUCUGCCUGGCUACUUUUCGCACAUACUUUUGUCUAAACAGUCGGAUCAGUAGAGCAGGUCCCACCCCCAAACACUACCAUGAGAUGGACUUUGCUGCCAUCAUUAGUUUUGCCAUGUAUUAUCUUAUCUCUGGCACAUAAAUUUUUAUUUCUUAUCUCGCUGUUUUUGUUCAAGUCAUGUGUAAUAUCAAAUGCUGAAGAAGAAAAGCUCUCAAGUGAAAGAUUUAGAUAUAUUGUGUGUUUGAGCCCCAUAAAGUUUGUAAACCAUUUGAUUCAGGAUUAUGACUAAAACUGUUGCUUUUAAAUGAAUAUAAAGAUGGUUUAUACUUACGUUAUUUUCUAAACAAUCACUUAGCCUUUCCUUUUCUUUCUCAUAUCUGUCUAGAGCACACACUUUUGAUUUUCAUUUAGUCGUUUGUAGUUUUGAUAAGCCUUGUUCAUUGACAUAAGUAUGAAAAAUGCAUGCGGUAUCAAUUAUGACUUAUGUGAGCUUGUUCCUGAAUUUAAUUUGUUCUUUACUUUGUGUGUGUGUGUGUGUGGCCAUUGAAGUUAUUUAACUAUUGAGUGCUUUUGUACUUUAAAAUAAAACAAUUGGAAUCACUCAU